AUGGCGGCAGGCUUCAAGCGUGAGCAAGCGCAACAGAUGCAUGAUAUCGUGCGACUUGGACGUGCCAGAAUUGAGGACAUUAACCAUUGCCAGAUUGUCGCACAAAAACUGAACGCGAAGGCGAGACCACGCAUGGCCCCAAAGAUGCGCCGCCACGACGAUGGGAACCAACUCCAGAAAGGCAAUGGACAUGCGCGUAGAGAGAAAAAACCAGGAGCAGUGCGCCAUAGGGCUCCAAAACCGCAGGAACCUGACGCAUCGGAUGAAACAACUAGAUCAGGUAACUGGGACACCGCGGGCGAAAGAAAAAAGCUAGGACACUCCGUUCCACUCCUGGAAAAAAGACAGCCACCAUUGUAG